CACAAAAUAACACACACUUGACGGGGGAACGAGAUCUGCAAGAAACAAGUCUGGACCGGAUGCGACAAAGCGAUAGCCAUACAUAAAGUAACGAACGCCUACCCCGCCUUCCACGUCAAUGCGUUCAUUCUAACCCGCAUCUUGAGAAAGGGUCUCCGCGAGCUUUAUGUCCAAUGUGGAGGCAUCGACCAAGAACCAAGCUUCUGCGAGCUUGGAGGCUCGUUCAUCUAAACCAACACCGGAUGUGGGACUGUCCAUACCUGCGAGGGGAAACUCGCUAAGUCCCUCAUCGAAACCUUUGCCUUCGCUUCCACCUGCCAUCAUUACUAGACCGCCGCUGCUGGAUUCUGCCUUUGAGGGGAGUGAUGGAGCGUCACUACGAGGCCAGCGGCAAGGAAGUGGACGAAACUCACCCCGCGUGUCGAUAUCGCAGAAAAUGGAGGGAGGGGAGAAUAAAGGGGAUGCAGCCAGCUCGCUGCAACCGCUCUUAGCCCAGGCGCUGGCGCGGGCUGAGCUAGCGGUGAAAUUGGAUGGAGAGAGCAAAUACGUUGAAGCGUUGCAAGCAUACUGUGAUACGAUCCUCAUUUUUGAAAUGGUUUUAGAAAAAGCUGAUGAAGCGGCCUUGGGAAUUCAUGCGGACAGUGAAGGACGACGAGAGAACACACCUGUAUUGUUGAAGGAUGAUAGAAAAAGACUCAUUGAACUGCGGAACACCUACGUGCAACGUGUCGGGGUUUUGUUAUCGACCUUGCCAUCGGAAUACACGGCAUGGUACAAUGGCCGAGCCACAGCACGCCCACCGACAUCGCGAGCACCCAGUGCUGCAGAUAUCCGUUCCGCACGAGGUUCAAUGACUCCAUUUACCCCCAUGAACCCCUACGAAGCCAUGAUGAUGGCCGAUCCCUCAAUGGCGGAACCACCCGAACCACCACCAAAUAAUCCAGAGCUGCGGGUUUUCUGGCUCAUGCGGCUCUUGGCACGGUCAAUGACUACGGGCGGCUUCGUGACUAAUGGAUUAUACGUUCCGCGAGAGGUGUGGAUACAAAACGGAGCGAAAUUCACGGCAAUGGAGACAAAGGUCGCAGCGUGUAACGAAGUAAUUAAAGAACUGGAUAUUUUGGAUGAAAGAGAAAUUACGAAAACCGACGAAAUGGCACGAAAGCUCAUGUCUGUCCUCAAGUCUCUGGAACACGCCAAGAAAACCCUCUCAAAAAAACUCCGCUUUAUUGAACUCGACUCCAAAUCCGGCCCUUCUUCACCUCUUGUCACCGAAUCCAAUGUGUCCCUCGCCAGCACGUCGUCGUCCUCCGCGCCCAGCCUCCUAUCUCCCUCCCUCAUACCACUUGACCAGAAACAAAGCAGAUUUACAUCAUGGGGCUCAAAAUUAUCCAAAAGUAUGGAAAAGUUGACCAAGGAACGACCCGCGGACUCGAUUUUGUAUAUCGAGACGCUCCUGCGGUUCUUUUCGGCCGCAGGAAGGCUGGAGAAGGUGCUGAUUUACUAUUCCUCUUUGCCUCCUGUCCGGAAUGUACCUGUUGUUUUAGCGAGAGUGCGUGGGUGUGUGAGAUUGCUUUGGGGUGUCUUUUGUAUGUUUGUUGGAAGGGAUUUGGAGGCAUUAUUGGAACGGUUUUUGAAAAAGGGACGGCAGGUAGUGUGUCUGUAGCUGGCUUAGGGUUCAGUUUUGGCUGGGAUGUCUCAGCUCUAAGGCAGAACACAUCGAGAACUCGUUUUUCUUUUCUGCUGCCUGGAGUAGUAGGAGUGGACGGUGGAUUAGGAUCCGUGGAUUGUUAAGAUGGACGCUCGUCAUUUUAGAUGCAAGGUCCGGUUGCUGCGGUUAUAUCCGUUUUUUUUUGUUUGUUGCUUCUUUUUGUUAUGUUUGGAAGAACAGAGAUAUUUAUUCUUUAAAGACGACA